AUGAAAAGUAGACAAAUUGAUUCUUUUUUCAAGAGGAAAGAAAGAGAUAAAGAGGAUUUCACACCUAUCCCCGAACCUCAAAGAGUUCUUGAGAAUCCAAGAAUUGAAGAAAACGUUAAUAGAGUUUGUUCGGAUGACAUUGAGAGUUCUUUGGAACGCGAUCCUGGAAAACGUUCUUCAAUGUGGGAAUAUAAUGUAAAUCAAAUGGAUGAAAUACGAAGAGCUUAUUUAAAAUGGGGUCCAUAUCAAAUGAAUUUAGAGCAAUAUCCAUUAUCUGGUAAAGAAGAUCAUCAAAGACGCUUUCAACACGCUUGGUUUAGCCUUUUUCCUUCAUGGUUAGAAUAUUCACCUUCAGAAGAUGCUGCUUAUUGCUUACCAUGUUAUCUUUUUAGCAAAAGACCAAGUGGGCGUCCUGGUUCCGAUGUCUUCAUUUCUAUAGGUUUUAGAGGUUGGAAGAAAGCUAGAAAUGGAAAGAAUUGUGCAUUUCUUAAACACAUAGUGAAAGAUCCUUGUUCACCACAUAACAAUGCUAUGAAAGCUUGUCAAGACUUGUUGAAUCAAGAUGCUCACAUUAGGAAUAUUGUUCAAGCUCAAAGUUCAAUUUAUAUAAUGAAGAAUCGCCUACGUCUCAAGACUUCAAUUGACACUGUUCGUUGGUUAACUUUUCAAGCGUGUGCUUUUAGAGGUCAUGAUGAAAGUACAACAUCAUUAAACCAAGGUAAUUGCAAGUAUACUUCACAUCUAAUUCAAAAAGAGAUCUUGCACAUUCUUUCAAGUAGGGUGAAAAAGUAUAUCCGUGAAGAAAUUGGUGAUUCCAAAUUUUGUAUAAUUGUAGAUGAAGCGCGUGAUGAAUCUAAACAAGAGCAAAUGUCUCUUGUUUUGAGAUUUGUUGAUAAAGAUGGUUUUAUACAAGAGAGAUUUUUUGGCCUUGCACGUGUUAAUGACACUACAUCUUCAACUCUUAAGCAAAAAGUUUGUGAUAUACUUUCUCUGCAUAAUCUUGAUGUCUCUAACAUUCGUGGUCAAGGGUAUGAUGGUGCUAGCAAUAUGAGAGGAGAGUGGAACGGUUUACAAGCACUCUUUAUGAAGGAUUGUCCUUAUUCAUAUUAUGUUCAUUGUUUUGCUCAUCGGUUGCAACUUGCUUUGGUUACUGCAUCAAGAGAAGUUAAACCAAUUCAUCAAUUCUUUGAGAAGUUGACUUUAAGUGUCAAUGUUGUUUGUUCUUCUAAAAAACGCCAUGACGAGUUACAAGCUUCUCAAUUAGAUGAAAUUGAACAUUUAUUAGAGAUUGGUGAGAUUGUAACAGGUAAAGGUGAAAAUCAAAUUGGUACUUUGAAGCGAGCAGGGGAUACUCGUUGGGGAUCACAUUUCUCUUCUAUUUCUAGCUUGAUAAAUAUGUAUGAAGUAACUUGUUCUGUUUCAAGAAAAUUUGCAAAGGAAGGAUUAAGUUAUGCUUCACGUGGAGAUGCAGAUAGUGCUUACAAUUAUUUGAAGUCAUUUGAUUUCAUAUUCAUAUUGCAUUUGAUAGAAAUUAUGGGGACCACAAAUGUUCUUUGUCAAGCUUUACAACAACAAUCUCAGGAUGUAGUUAAUGCUAUGCAUUUGGUUUGUUCAACAAAAACUCUUAUUCAAGAAUUAAGAGAAAUUCGUUGGAAUGAAUUGUUUGCUACUGUGAAGUCUUUUUGUGAAAAACAUGAUAUUGAGAUUCAUGAUCUUAAUGAUGUCCGUUCAACAACAAGAUUUGGUCGUUCUCGUCUUGAAGAAAAUCAGGUAACCAUUGAGCAUUAUUUUAGAGUUGAAAUAUUUUUCACUACCAUUGACAAACAAUUGCAAGAGUUGAAUAACAGGUUUAGUGAGCAAGCGAUUGAUUUGUUAACUUUAAGUUGCGCUUUGGCUCCAACGGAUAAUUACAAGGCUUUUAAUCUUGAUACCAUUUGCACUCUAGUUGAAAAAUAUUAUCCUAUGGACUUCAAUGAGCAAGAGAAGACUAAUUUGAAAUUUCAACUUCGGCAUUUUAUUAUUGACGCUCGUCAAGCAUCAAGUUUGAAUAAUUUGUCAACUAUUCAAGAAUUAUGUUCAUCUUUGGUUGCAAUUGAAAAGAAGGAAAUUUAUUAUUUGAUUGAUAGACUGCUCCGCCUUAUCAUGACUCUCCCUGUAUCUACAACAACUACAGAAAGAUCUUUUUCGACAAUGAAAAUUAUCAAGACAAGGUUGAGAAACAAAAUGGAAGCUGAUUUUCUAGGAGAUAGCAUGACGGUUAACAUUGAAAGAGAAAUUGCUGCAAGUAUUGAUUCUGAGACUAAUAUUGAUGAUUUCAAGCUACUCAAAACUCGUAGAGCAUUACUUUAA